GCUGGAGGCGACGGGAGGGCUGGACAACCCUUGGGACCAGCAUGGGUUCCAGCAGCUCCUUCGCUCCAGACCUUCCCCAGGAGCCGGAGCAGGAGGCGCGUCUAUUCUGCGCCAACAGCAGACAGACCCUCAGUUCUCUGAGGAACUGAAGGAGCGGCAACUCACCCAGCUCCUUGCUGCAGUCUCUGCUGGUGCUGCCCUGCCGUCUGCCCUCGGGCACGGCGCCCGCUGAGGAGGAGCUCCCGCAUGGAGGUGGCCGAGUGGACCGCCCGGGGAGCCUCCAACCAGACGCAGGCGGGCGCUGCCCACACCCUGGCGCACCUGCUGCGGGACUCGGCGGAGGGGAGGAACAGUAGCAGCCCCCCCAGGGCCCUGCGGCUCCCGGACGGCACCAGCGCCGCCUGGUACAUCCUCACCAUCUUCGGCAUCUACGCGGUGGUCUUCCUCUUCCGCUUGGCCAGCAACAUCCUCAGGAAGAACGACAAGUCCCUGGAAGACAUUUAUUACCUAAACUUGACCUCCGAACUCAAAAAGAAAGGGCUCCCGAGCAGGGCAGCCAAGUGCUCCACACUGACCAUCAGCAACACAGCCGCCCUGCAGCCCCGCCAGGCCAGCCUGGGGCCCGGGCGCAGGGACAGCGGGCCCCACACCGAGAUCUAGGGCACCCGUGGAAGGCAGGGCAGGCAGGUCGCCACAGAAGAGGCCCGGCCUGCCUGCCGGGGGCAGGGGGGGUGCUCUGGGCUUACCUGGACCAGGAGGUCGGGGCUGGAAGGCCUCCCUGGCCCGGGCACUUCCAGGGGUGGCGUUGACCAAAGCCAGCAUCCUGUGUCCUUCUCGGGCCGUCUGGAGCUUUGAGACGAGACUGUAGGGGCAGGAGCUCGGCCACACUGUCCCUUCAGUAGAAACGCUUGUGUUCCAGGGAAGGGUUCGGGGCAGCCACGUCCUCAGAGCUGGGGGACCCCUGGGGGCCCGUGAAGGUGGCCUUUGGUCACGGAGAGAAGGCUGAGUUUGGAGUCCAGAGGCCUGGAUGAAACUUCAACUUUAGGGGUGACAAGAACGUUGGGGGGCUAGUGGCUCACCUGGGAUGCGUGGGGGUUGGGAUAUAUGGUCCCAAAGGGCCAGUCAUUCUGAAGACCCCAACUGGAAUGUAGAACCAGAGUCGUUCACAUCAGAAGUGGGUGGGAAGUUCUUCGUUUUCAUUGAAACAGUGUGGUCCGCUGAACAGAAGCAUUCGUUUUGGAGCCAGAAGGACCCAACUCUAGUCCGGGUUCCAUUAGCCACCACUUUGGUGUGAAUCUGCUUCAUUACAGAUAAAACGAGGAUAAUGACGCCAGUUCCUCAAACCUUACAACGUGUGAAAGAGCUAAUGAGGUCAUGUAUGUGAAUAUAUUUUGAAAAGUAAAAUAAAUGCAUAAUUAUAAGC